CAAUAUUAAGCAGUGACGCUCGACCCCAUUUCGCUUCCACCACCGUUUCUGCAAUCUGCUCAUCCAACAAUGGCUUCAGAGAGGAAGCAGGCGAAUCCAAUGAGGGAAAUCAAGGUUCAGAAACUUGUGCUGAACAUUUCGGUGGGAGAAAGCGGAGAUCGUCUCACUCGUGCUGCUAAGGUUUUGGAGCAGCUGAGCGGCCAAUCCCCUGUUUUCUCGAAGGCAAGAUACACUGUGAGGUCAUUUGGGAUCAGGCGUAAUGAAAAGAUCGCUUGUUAUGUCACUGUUAGAGGUGACAAGGCUAUGCAGCUCUUGGAGAGUGGUUUGAAGGUGAAGGAGUAUGAGUUGUUGAGGCGCAAUUUUAGUGACACAGGAUGCUUUGGCUUUGGUAUUCAGGAGCACAUCGAUCUUGGUAUCAAGUAUGAUCCAUCCACGGGUAUCUACGGUAUGGAUUUCUUUGUGGUUCUGGAACGUCCUGGUUACCGUGUUGGACGUCGCCGUAGGUGCAAGGCUCGUGUUGGGAUUCAACACAGAGUGACCAAGGAUGAUGCAAUGAAAUGGUUUCAGGUGAAAUACGAGGGUGUGAUCCUCAACAAAUCUCAACAAAUUGGAGCCUAGGUGUGUGUUCUUUUUGUAAAAUUUUGGAGUUGAGUUUUUAAAAUUUUACCAACAAGGAUCAUGAUGAUAUUGUUUUGUUGUGUUUUGGACCAUUUUGAAUACUAGUAGUACCAGUGUUUUUAAGUUCUUAUGGUGUUUGUGUUUUAACAACAAAGAGUUAUUGUUGAACUCAUAAAAGUAGUAUGCUUUAUAUAUCAAGUAUGAUUAUUAGCAUACAA